AUGGUCUUAGAAUCUUCUAACAAUGAUGUAUGUCUGUUUAAAUCAUGGGAUAAGUUGGGUCUAUUCGACGGUUAUGAUGACGAUGAGUUCAAUCAAUGGUGCAAAUUUCAUAGUUAUAACGAUAUGGCACAGUUGGAUUAUGUGAAAUAUUGGACAGAAUUUGAAGUUGAAACUAUCAACCCUUGCGCUAGAUUAACUAUCGCUCGUGCUCAUGGUCAAAUCGAUGAUCUAAUUGAUGGUGCUGCAUCAAAGCAAAUGUGUGUGGUAUAG